AUGGUUGCGGUCGGGGAGUUGCUCGCUGCUGCCGCGCUGAAGACGUUUUUAGGCAAGCUGGGUAGCCUCGCCUUCAACGCCAUCUGGAACGAGAUUGCUUUGCAGCUGAAUUUCAGUAAAGAUUUUGAGAGCAUCAAGGACAAGCUGUCCUUUAUCCAAUCUUUCCUCGAGGACGCGGAGAUGCAGUCGUCAAGCAAGAUGAGCGUCCGUCACACGCUUAAGAAGCUCAAGGCUGCGGCCUAUGACUUGGAGGAUAUGCUGGUUCUCUUCGAGUCCUGGACAACGGCCCACGAAGGCCAAGACCUCCGCAAAACUAAAAAGGGGUUAGUUGCAUGCUUUAAAAGGCUGAACAUGCCUCAUAAAAUUAAAACAAUGAGAGAAACGAUAGACGAGAUCUCAGAUCUUCAGAACAAGUUCAAUUUUAUACAAGGCCCUAGCACGGAUGAUGAAGUCAAAUUGGAAACCACCAGCCUGUUCGGAUCUGAGAAAACCGUUGGGAGGAUCAAUGAGAAAGAAAGCAUUAUCAGUUUGCUUUUAACAGAUGGAGAACCACCCAUCGUUCCUAUUUAUGGUAUUGGAGGAGUAGGUAAAACUACCCUUGCACGAUUGGUCUACAACGAUUAUAGGACCAAGUAUUUUUUUGAGGUUCAAGCAUGGGUCUAUGUGUCGGUAAAAUUUGAUUUGAUUUCCAUUGCUAAAUCUAUUAUCUCCCAGUCCCAGCUGGAUAACCCAAGUGGCUCUAACAAUGAUGGUUCUGAUUUACAGUCUGUCCUAAAUAAUCUGAGCGCUAUUAUCAACAAUAAGCGGUUACUUCUUGUUCUGGAUGACCUUUGGGAAGAAGACCAAUUUAAGCUGGAAGACAUAAACAAACUGUUGCUUGGUAGCCAAAAAGGCAGCAAGAUUUUAGUAACUACACGUAAUGAAAAAAUUGCUAGGCAUUUGAAUAGAAGUUCGGCAACAAAUUUAGAUGUUCUGUCCAAUAAUGACUGUUGGGAGCUGUUCCGAGCAAAAGCACGUCCACAUGGAUCGGUGGAUGAAGAUAUGGAAAAUAUAGGAAGAGCCAUAGUUGAGAAAUGCAAAGGAAUACCACUAGCAGUAAAAUCUCUAGGAUUCAUUUGCUCGAACAAAGAUCUUGAUUGGAAAGCUAUACGGGAUAGUGAUAUCUGGGCAGAAGAUAAGACAGUGCUACCAUCACUGAAGCUUAGUUAUCAAUACAUGUCUUAUCAGCUCAAGCUCUGUUUUGCAUAUUGCGCUGUUUUUUCCAAAGGCAGCCAUAUAGAGAAGAGCAGCUUGAUUCAGCAGUGGAUUGCACUUGGAUUUGUUCAGCACACUGCAGGCCAAUCGUCCACAGCGCAACAAGAUGGAAAAAAAUACUUUGAGGAGCUUCUUGAGAUGUCAUUUCUUCAGGAUGUAGCUGGAAUGUCUCCAACUCAACAUAGAUUGCAUGGAGCAGUAGAUUAA